AUAUUUGCUGAUAUUUAGGAAUGAUUGUUGUUUACAAUUAGGACUCAUAGCUGAAAUGGCAGGAAUAGACCACCAGACUCAGAUUUUUAUUAUUUGAGAUGGGACCUCACUAACAUUUCACCCAUGCUGGCCUCAAAUGGCAAUCAUCCUGCUUUCUGACUCCUGAGUAGCUGGAGUUACGUACAGGAACAAGCCACCUUGCCACCUCCUGUGAUUUGUUUAAACGGCCAUUCCAGUAAUGGGGAUAAUGAAGCUAAGGACAAAGUCAAUAAUAUGCAGAGCCAAGCAAUUUCACUUUCUUAUUGAACUUUCCCUCUGACCUUUGACCUCUUGUGACUCUCAGAUACUCUCAGAUCUCCGUGUAGCAUUCUAAUUCCGAGGCAGAAUUCUCCAUUCUACUUCAGGUAGCCAGAAGUCCUACUGAAAGCCUAUGAGAAUGGAACUGAAACAAGGCUCAUUUCUGUGGUACCUCUAUCUAGACAAAAUCUAUUGCUUAUUGUCUUUGAGAAACGUAAAGGCCUUGGUGGAGUAUUUUCACAUUCUUGAUGCACACCGCAAGGACACUUUGAAUGAUGUGCUGUUCUAUCACUUCCUCCAUCAUGUAACUAACCUGAAGUCAAGACAGAUCAAGAUUGUGUUCGACAUGCUGGACUGGAUGUGUGUGGGUGAGAUUGGCUUUGACCAGUUCUACGUGCUGGUUUGUAUACUGCUAUCACACCAGAACCAUCUGGAAGAACAGUUUAUGUACCGUCAUUCCCGGCCUGUUUUUGACCUGCUUGACGUGGAUGGGGAGCUGAAUAUUGAUGCGUCAAACUUCUACAUGUAUAGAUUUCUAUUCAGUAUCAAGAAACAAGAACUCAGAGAGCUCUUCCGUGACUUUGACAUCACAGGUGACCGUCGUCUUAAUUACAAGGAAUUUAAGUUGUAUACUAUUUUCUCCACUGACAAGUCUGGGGACAAGCAGAAAACAGUGCAAGAGGAAGAAGAAAAACAGAAAGAGAAAGAAACUGAAAAAGAAAAAGAAAAGGAAAAAGAAAAAGUGAAAGAGAAAGAGGAAGAGAAAGAGAAAUUGAUGUCUAUGUUUAUGAAGAAAAAGUUACAAACUAAUGUAAGCCAAAAGAAUGUCUUGGAGAAACUGAGAUUUAGAAGUGGAGAACAUGAUUAAACUAUUAACAUGUCUAAACAAAUACCUACAGCAAGCAUCAAAGUAGUUAUCUUUAUACUAACCUUUGUACAAAGAGGGUCCACAAGCUCGCUGAGAUCAGCAGUCCUCUAUCUUUAAUAACUUAGGGGCCUCACAUAGAAUUGGCAAUAAUGUAAUGUGAAGUAAGAACCCUAGAGUCCUAGGGGGACUAUGGCUGGCCACAGCUUUGAGUGGUGUGCUUCAAAUAUAAACGAUGUCAGCAGAAAACCCUGGUUGUGUGAUUGUUUAUCCUAUGUCUUAAGUAAAGACUCAGGACUAUGAGUGUCUGCCUUUCUGUAGUAACCCUCUCAAGCUAGGACUCCCUAUGUAUACUUAGUGAUUCCUGGAAUCCUGGAUUUGUUACC